ACUCCCAUCCCCCCCCCCCCCCUCCUCAAAAGCCAUCUCUCUUUUCAGUUUUCCCCAACUUCCCCUGUUCUUUCCCAACUUCUGUUUUUCUUAUCACUUCCCCUGUUUUUCUAUUCACUUCCUCUGUUUUUCUUUUCAUUUCCCCUGUUUUCCUACCCAUUUCCUCUGUUUUUUGCUCUGUUUUUUUGGAUUGCUCUGUUUUUAUAAUGAGUACUGCAACUGCUUCACCAGUAGGAGUAGGAGUAGGAGUAGGAGGAGGGAGAAGUAAAUUCCCAUUCACAGCAACACAAUGGCAAGAACUUGAACACCAAGCACUCAUCUACAAAUACAUGGCUGCCGGCAUCCCAAUUCCUCCAGACCUCCUCUUCACCGUCAAACGCAGCCUUGACUCUUCUCUUUCGACCAAACUCUUCCCUUACCAAACUUCCCCCUUGGGAUGGAACCCUUAUCAAAUGGGGUACGGAAAAAAGAUAGACCCAGAACCAGGAAGAUGCAGAAGAACAGAUGGGAAGAAAUGGAGAUGUUCAAAAGAAGCAUACCCAGAUUCUAAAUACUGUGAAAGGCACAUGCAUAGAGGCAAGAACCGUUCAAGAAAGCCUGUGGAAUCAUCAUUAUCAUCACCUUUGAAUACUACCAAUAAUAAUUCUUGUUCAAAUAAUAAUAAUUCUGCCACAAAUUCACCAUUGUCAGUUGCAGCAUCUUUGACCAAUCUCAGUAAAAACCAAAACCAAAACCCAUCUUCAGUUUCAUCCACUUCUCUGUUUUCUUCUCUUCCUUCUUCAGAUUCCUCCUGUAAUAAUAAUAAUAGUAGUAAUUCUCACCUCCUUUAUCCUCAUUCUUCUUCACCCUACACCAACAAGGACUAUAACAGGGAUAGGUAUUACCAAGGGCUGAAAGAGGAGGUAGGGGAACAUGCAUUUUUCACAGAAAGUUCCGGGUCAAGUAUGAGAGGAUUUUCCGGGUCAUCCAUGGAAGACACGUGGCAACUCGGAAACUUAGACCAUCAUCAACAACAAUCAAAACAAGGUGGUGGUUGUGGUGGUGGUGGUGGUGGAUACCCUAACUACUUACAACAGCUUCAAACCAACAACACGGCGGCGGCGGCGGCAAAGCAACAACAACAACAAGAGAAGCAAUGUUACAUAUGGGGAAGAGAUUUCAACUGUGAUUUAUCAAUGAAAGUUGAAGAUGAAAGAGAGAACAACUUCAAUGAAAAAACAACCCAUCAUUUCUUUGAUGAAUGGCCAAUAAAAGGUGGUGGAAGAGGAGGAAGGGAUAGUUCAUGGCAUGAUUCUUCAUCAACAACUCAACUUUCUAUCUCAAUCCCAAGUUCUAAUUCUCAUCACCAUGACUUUUUCCUCUCAAAUUCAAGAGACUCCUAAUUAAAAACAAAAAUAAUGAUGUGUUGAGAAAUUCAAGGGCUGGGUGUGAGUGGGACUCUGAAUCAAAGGUCACCAGAAAAAGAGACCUGCUGUUACUGAAACUUGGUGGGUGGCAGGGUGGGGGUCAGUCAGUCUGUUGCUAUUUUAUUUUAUUUCUUAAUUUUUUAAAUAUUUUUUUAGUUUUUAACACUUUUGUGUAUUUAUUUUCUGUUUAAAUCUCUGUAAGUUGUGAGUGAUAGGACUUGUAACUGGACCAUGUUAGAAGAAGAGAAUGCUUUUUUCAUUUCUGAAAAGUGUGACUGACUCAAAUUAUGCUCCAUAUUUAUCUUUUCAUA